AGUCAGCACAAUGGGCUCACCAGACCAUCAAUAUAAUUUAAUGGGAAUCCUGAAACAGGGAUUCCACCUACACGAAAAAGAGGAUGAAGUACAAGAAACUGAACAACCCAGGGAGGUGCUAGAAGAGAGUCUAACAGAACCUCAGGAAAGUGAUGUGCCUUUAGAAGAAUUGUUAGCACUAUACGGCUAUGAAGCAUCGGAUCCAGUGUCUGAACCAGACAGUGAAGGGAACAAUUUGCGCCACAGCCUUCCAGAUAUGACACUAGAUAAAGAACAAAUUGCAAAGGACCUGCUUCCUGAAGAAGAGGAGGAGACGCAGUCUUCUGCAGAUGACUUAACCCCAUCAGUCACAUCACAUGAUGCUUCCCAUCUCUUUCCCGACCCAGUGGAGUCAAACUCACUCAUUGUUGAAGAGAAGGAAUUUUCUCUCUCACCAUGUGAUGCAUAUGACGGGGAGAACAAGUUGUCGUCAGAAGAUGAGUCCAUGGCAGAUGACUGUAACAAGGACAUGAUGGUAGGACCUCAGUAUCAGGCAGUUAUCCCACCAUAUCUUGGAGAGAAGCCGAGUGAAAAAGCCAAUGACAUCGAGGACCAACUCCUGUGGGAUCCACAUGUCAUGCCUGAAAAGGAAGUGGAAGAGUUUCUGUACCGAGCAUCAAAACGUAAUUGGGAAGAGUGUGACAGUGAAAGCAUACCGGAGCAAUUUGAGGUGAAAGACAAUGAACAGGCACUGUAUGAGCUUGUUAAAUGCAACUAUAACCCCGAGGAAGCUCUGCGAAGGUUGCGCUUCAAUGUAAAGGUUGUACAAGAUCAGUUGUGCGCCUGGAGUGAGGAAGAGUGCCGGCAUUUUGAACAUGGAUUUCGAGUGCAUGGCAAAAAUUUUCACCUGAUUCAAGCAAACAAGGUGCGUACUCGAUCUGUUGGAGAGUGUGUGGAAUAUUACUACUUAUGGAAAAAGUCAUAUCGCUAUGAUUGCUUCACCCAGCAGACCAGAUUUGGAAGGAGAAAGUAUGCACUGCAGUCUUGCUCCAUGGACUAUGCAGAUAACGAUCUGGAAAGUGUAGAGACUGAUGAUGUCAGCAGAGGAAGAAGUUUCCCACGCAGUCCUUCUGUUACUAGUUGUCCAGACACGCAUUCUAACCAGGACCAACUGGAAGAAGACAAUGCAGAAUCGCCAGAUGUUGAAAAUGCCAUCUGCAAUGCGGGAAGUGUCAGUGAAACAGACCAGGAGUACAAGUACACCACUUCAUCUGUCAACACUUGUCAUGCAGACUGCACUUGCGAUUCUCCGUCACUCUGUGAGGAUGUAGAAGUGGCAUCUGAAGGUUCUGCACACAGUAUGCUUCCCAUAGAAUCUGCAUUAUGCAAAACUGCAGAAGUGCCAAAGUUAACAGAAUUUGGCACCCUUUCACCUAAUUAUGAACGCAGACAGACUGAGCUUCCGACAGAACAUGAUGUAAUGCCUGAUAGAGCUGAGUUGAAAAAUGAACCUGUGACUGUCACAUCUGGACAUGUCUCUCUUUCUGUGACUGAUUUUGCUGUCAUUGAUAUUGGCGAUGUAGAAAGGUUUUUGGGAGGACACACAGCACACUCACGGCAUCAAACAGUGGUCCAUACAGAAUCUUUAUCUCAGUGAAAAGCAUUUAACGUGGACUCUUUCCUGCUGAAAGCCUUUGUAACUGGUCAGCCAUCUGUAUGUUGUAAUAAUGCCUUCAUCAUUGUGCAUUUUCACCCAAGUAAUCUGGGUGUUUCUCUGGAAAGACUAAAAUGAGCACAGUAUUUCUCUCUAGAAUGCUGCCGUAUGCUUCCUGGUACACAUGAAGGUGACAUUCUUAGAUGUGAACCUAUACUGUGGCAGUGUAAAAAUAACUUGCACCAGGUGAAGUUGCAGACUUCCAUUUGCAAAAUGAGAUAUGUUUUACACCUGCAAGCAGUGUUCUGUUUCUGCAGUACAGCCAUGAAGAUUUAUUGCUGUUACAAAAAGAUAACAGUGUUGAAAUGUUUACCUCACCAGCUGCAAUUUUUUAUGGUUCCCACCAUCUCUGUAAUUGAAGCAUGUUGUUGCCAUGUCUACAUUUAAUCAGAGAGCAAGUGGAAUAGUGAGACACUUUUCUUGAAUGAGCCACCUUUGUGCCUCACUGAGGAGGUUGACUUGGUGCCUAGCAGGAUGAGGGCAUGACUUUUAUGGAAGGGAAGAGUGUGUAAGGCACUGUUGUAUUCAGUGCCUGCAGGCACCAUCAGGUAAUGCAGUGCUGUUGAUCACACCAUGGUAGGUCACCUUCGUAUUUUCAUUCUGCACUGCAAGUCAAUGGAAAGGCUACUUCCAGCUUCUAACAGUAGAAUUUUAGUAUUCUUCUACCCUUUGACUUGUAGCCUGCCAUUUUCUUUUUCUUUGGUGGGUGAGCUUUGGUAACCUUUGUUAAGAACAAUAAACUAUUUUAGGUAUGCAUUAAAACUCCCAUUUACUUGGAGUAAUGUGGACAGCAUUUUGGAUUCUCCAUUUGUGCGAGUAAAAAUAAGGAUCCUCUUCCAAGAAGUGACAUUCCAGUCUGAACAUUUCUAUGUGUAAGCUGAGAUGCUGCUUGUUUAUAGUUUGUUUUAUGUUCCUGGAAAGUGUCAAUAAUCAUUUUGUCUCUAAGUGACAUCAGUGAUGAUGUCUUUUAUUUAUUAAUGACUUUUCUUGAUUUGUCAAGAGUAUAAAACAAAAGAAAAUAGAGUGUUUAUUUUUGUUUACAAAGUUAAGGAGGAUACUUUGAAGGAAGGUUGCUCUCUGUCUCUGGCAGUACAAAGAGCACCCUUGAAAGCUGUUUUGAGUAUUCUUUUUUUGUACUAAAGCACAUCAACAUGAGCCAGUUGGUGACACUGGACUCUGUCCCAAUAACAUGACCGAUGUUAUUCUUGUGGUUAUUACACUUGGUAAUUAUUUAUUAAAAAUGAUUUAAAAAUAUUG